UGUGUGGCGCCACUAACGGUUGUGUAUCAUUCUGCCAUCCAUUCUGCAAAAUCAAAUUUAGUCUACUGUAGUUCUCUCACCACGUGUUUCUUAACGAUUAGAUUAGAUUUGUGUUCGUCAACAUAACUUUCAAUUAGCCAGAUAUAUCUUUUUCAAAAUAACGCACAUUUGCAGUGGGAAAUGGCGUCAGCUAUCGAAGACGAUUUCGUGACUUGCAGUAUUUGCAUGAACGAAUACAAUGAUGAUACAAGGAAACCUAAAUUCUUACCUUGUUCUCACACUGUUUGCUUUACUUGCCUCCAGGGGAUAUUUCGAGACAAUGCAAUUGCAUGCCCCUACUGUCGCCAAAGUUCUAAAUUUGGUGGCCAUUUAGAUGUUCGAAAACUUCCUAAUAACUCUCAUGCUCUUCACAUCCUUAAGUUGAAUCAACAAAUAGCAGAUUUAACUACAUUGGAAGAUACAUGUGAUAAAUAUUGGUGCUUUACUUGCGGCUUCAUGGCCAAAACUGAGUGUGCUUCCUACAAACACUCUACCCUAUAUCUGGCGGCAGACACAGUCAAUAAUUUAGAUGCCUUUGUUGACCUCAGAGAAGAAUUCCAAUCAAAGAAAACAAAGGAAAAGAUCAAGUUGACUGUAGGACUUGAAAUGAGAAAAGACAUUCAAAGGCACCUGAAUGAGCUGUCACAAUCUGUGGAGGCUGCCAAGAAACAAAUUGAAGAGCUCCAGAAUGAAAAUAACCUUUGCAUGGAUGAAAUCGUUUCCAAAUUGGAUGGCCUUCUUCAAAUAAGUGAAAAAGAUCCACAGAAUAAAACUACAGAACUCUUCCUCGCUGAAGUAGCUUCACGUUUGGAUGAUUCAGCGCCAGAAGAAAUGGUUCAAAAGCUCAAAAUCGAGUUAGACAAGUCUUUGGAGACGUGCCAGCAAAGUCUCAAAGAGACGGCGUCUCUCUCGUGUCAAUAUGAACAAUGGAAGAAAAUGAAAAUAGCCAUCAAGAUCUUUGAUUUAGAUGGUCGUCAAAACACGAUUUGUCCUCUUCUCGGUCAAGGUUUCCAGUUGCUGACUAGAAAUGGAACGGAUGGUAUCUCCCAAAUUAAGGAUCCGCUAGUACGUCAAGAUCUGAUUUUACUGUCGCACGUCGUGUCUUCUUUAAUGUCUCGAUGUGAACUCGGAAAGGACGACACAAAGGAGGCGAAAAACUGCUCGAUUUUGUGAUUGACUUCCUUCAAGGAUAAAAGAAAUUUCCCCCAGAAUUGAGAUGGAAGAAAACAUUUUUCGGACGACAGUUGUAUUUUCUUUUUUUGGUUACCCCAUUCAAGAAAUUAGAUGUAUUGCAAUUUAAUUUUUGUUGAUCGUUUACCGUAAGUUAUAAACUUAUAAGCAAGUUAAAA